AUGGAGCUACGGAAUCAUAUUUUCUGGGGUGUUGCGCUCCUGUUGAAUGCCCUUGUUCAGACUUCCACCGCCACCGUCUCAUUUCAGGAUAUCCAGGCCAUCGUUGGCUUCUCGACGUCCUGUACGAUUGCAUACGAAACGCCGGUCAGCGACUGCGACAUCAAUGACUUCCCGGGAAUUGGCGGAACCGGUUCUUGCUCAAGCGACUGUGAAGCAAGUUUAGAGGCAGCCGAAACAUUUAUACAGCGAUCAUGCCGCGGUCAGCAAGCUGAUGCCGAUUCUUUGAUCGGAAAAUUGUUCACUGGCGAGGUUUGCGGCUGCAACGACAUCCACUGCCGCCUCGACAGAAUCCACAAGCGUGGCGAUGGAUACGGAGACUUCGGAGACUUCGAUCCCCCUCGCCACUUCAUCCGCUGUCGUAUCGACGACUUCAGCAAGCAAUACCGAAUCAGCGUCCCAAACAACCGCCAGCAGCAGCGCCAGUCCGUCCGAAUCGUCCUCGAGCUCUGUAUCUUCGUCCAUUGCAUCGACCACUUUGAUCAGCUCGUCUGUCUCAUCCUCCUCAUCGACUUCAAGCACGGCGACAGCGUCAUCAUCAACGAGGACGUCUAG